UACAACACAAAAAACGUCAUUUGUAAUUCGACUUUUUUUCAUCACUUGUACCACAAAAUACUAUUGUUGGCAUAUAAAUAUGUUUCAAUCAAGCCCCACAGUUAAUAAAUAAAGUGUGACAAUUGAAUGUAAAGAGGAGCCUCGCUAAACAAACGUGUUGAAAAUUUCCCUGAUUUUCAGAGUGGUGACGAUAUAAUGAAGCUAUUUUGUGCACUUGUCCUUUACAUUUGCUUCGUGCAGAUGUGUUCGUGUCAAAAAGAUGAGAGUAAGGAAGAUAACGAGAGCUUCGAACUUGCAGCAACACUCAAAGCAUUUUAUCAUGGAAAUAGGCAACCCGAGACAUCAGACGUCGUAAAAAUUCAGGGUUAUUUGAAUGGUACGGAUGCGAUCAAAGAUAUUAGCCCACAAUUUACUGAAAAUGUGAAAAUCGUUAUCGACAAAUAUCAAGACAAUAUCUUAGUCAUGACCAUGAUGAAGAGUAUAAUGGGACUUCUAGCAGAAACUUUACAUGGGAAAAACUAUACUAUCGAUGUGGAUACAGUGAAAGAAAUGCGGCGUAGUCGACACUUGGAAAAUGGCGAUCAAAUGGAUAAAGCAUAUGUUCUAAAAGUCCUACUGUCCAAGCAGUUGCCGCCAGAGCGUGUCAAUACUAUCAUUAAUGUAAUACUAAUGAUGCGCCGAAAUGCAACAGACGAUGAAAUUGAAAACACAUUGGGAUACUUAUACGGCACAGAAACACAGCCUAUGACCAUCAACGUUGAGCCGAUGUCCCCGCAAAAUUGUAUGACCGAAAGCUAUGCUGGAACAAAUGCAAUCGUCCUUUUUUCAAAUGUGGAACAUUUCGUGGACUAUUUCAAAGGCAACCAGAAAAUUAAUCCGAAAGCUAUUGAAGAUAUAUUUACCAUUGCGGUAAAACUACCAUGUAACGUCUUUCUGUUUCGGGAGCUCAGUUGGGUGAUGAGUUAUUUGCUUAAAUUGGAUAAAGCUGAUAUUUCUGAAACCGAAUUUUGCCGGAUGAAAGAUCAUUCCAUCAGAAGUCUAAUAAUUGAUGAAAAAAGUCUUGCCAUUCACCUGAUUGCUGACGAAAUUCUGUUAUCGACACAAUUUCCCGACAAAGAUUUGACUGACUUCUUGAAUCUUCUACGAUUUUUUGUCACUAAAACUACAGACGAGGAGAAUGAAAAGGCUUUUGAAUACGUUUAUGGUUCUGAGCAAUACAAAUCAUUGGGAGUACAUCCGAAAUGUUAAAUAAUAACACAUGUUCAACUCAAUUGAAUAUUUUCACAUUUUUCUUUCGAUUAAGCGCAUUCAUGUCAACAUGUUGUACGAAUGAAUUAAAAAUAAAGUAGAAAUU